UCCAAAUCAUCACCACCAACCUCCACCGACCACGUCCACGCCAGCCUCCAACGCACCAUGGCUGAUAUUCUGCAGCCGCGUUCGCCCUAUCCAGCGCCUUCGCAUCCCGACGGUGGAAAGCACAUCUCAUCGCAACAGCCCGGUGUCCGGCUUCGCCAUCCGGGCUACCCAACAACGUCGAACCUCCUGCUGCUCCUUGCAGCCCUCGAUAGCCCCGACGGCGGCAUUCAUCACGAGACAGUGCGCAUUUCAUGCGCCAUCGUCGCCGGCAAUCGAUGGGACGGCUUCCUCAGCGAGUCGCGCGAUGGGCAAGCUGUCCAAGUGCCUGCUGACGGCAUCCUGCACGGCGACGACUACUUCUUCCGGGUGCCGGGCGACGACAAGUAUCCCGUCGUUCCCUCGUUCAGCCACUGGUCCUUCCCCCAUGGCAAACUACCCCCUUCGUGGGUCCGCUGCGCGCCUCCCUUGACGGCCUCCGACCGAGCGCUGCCACGCACCGCAUCCCUCACCGAUGCCACACUUGUUCGCGACGUUUCUUGUCGCAUCACGAAUCAUAUUGAGGGCACUGAACAUGCCCAUUUGGUCCCUCGCGGCGAGGCCGCCUGGUUCCGUCAGAACAGCAUGUUCCAAUACGCGAGCCCGCCGCGCCCCGGCACAGAUCCGCUCGACGAUUCCCGCAACGCCCUUCUCCUCCGCUCCGACGUCCAUACUCUCUUCGAUCAGAGACGAUUCGUCUUCGUGCCGAAGUCCUCAGUCUUCGUCGUCCACAUACUGCCGCCGGGCUCCUCGUCGGAGCUAGCCGCCAUGUACCACAACGUGCAGUUACAGCCGCUGGCUGCCGUGGCUGUGGAGUUUCUCUUGGCGCGGUUUGCAUGGGCGAUAUUCACUCAGCUCGAGAGCUUCGUCUCCCAGGGUGUUUCUCGCCAAGUGGUCGUUGACGCCGGGGAUGGGUCUAUACAGGCGAAGGAGUGGUCUGGUCAGAGAUGCAUGAACGCCCUUUCGACGCCUAAGUCGCGUAGCCAGAGCCCAAAGAAGCGGCCUCGAGACGAAGCCCCGCCGCAAGAGGAAAAUGACAAGCUUGAUGACGAGGAGGCAGCUCGUGGGCGCAAGAGGCAUCGUAGCUUCAAUCUUAAACUAGCCCAGAAGGCGGAACGGCGAUCGCGGUCUGUCUCCGAUUCGUCGCUCACCGACUUUGGCAGCAACAGCAGCAACAAUGGCAACAAUUUGGAAGCUAGCUUAAUUCAUGGGCUCUAGUAGCACGUCUCUGGCACAUAUUAGCUAGCGGGGGUUGAGCCUGGAGGCAUUGGGGACUUUUACAUUUCAGACCUGGAGACACCCCUCUUGCACCAUUCCAACCUCAUCGUCGUCAAGGGGAGCGCCCAGGGCAUUUGGCUGAACGGAGCCUGGAUACGGAUUGCGAGGUUGAAGAGCAGGAUAGUUUGCGUAUAGGAGGAGCUGGAGGAUGUGUUCCAGGGCGCAAGCGGUCUUAAAAAUAGUCUGCUCUCGGCGCCUACCGCCACCACUGCUCAUCACCUUCUUUCCCGCAGACGGUGAUAGGGGCCGCUCCGUCACGCCACGAUCGCAUACAAUGUCAAUACAUAGGCAUGCGCAAUCCUAAUCCAACGCCAGCAUCGUGG